AUGGAAGCAAAUUUGAGUAGAAUGAUUACCUUGAAUGGUUCUAACUACCAUACAUGGAAAUGUAGAAUGGAAGAUCUCCUCUAUAUUAAUCAUUUACAUUUACCAGUGUUUGCCAUGGAGAAACCAGAAGAUAUGUCUGAACAACAAUGGACUCUGUUUGUUACAUCGCAAAGUUUGUGGGUAUAUAUAAGGCAAUGGGUGGAUGAUAAUGUUUUGAAUCACAUCAGUGAAGAAAAACAUGCACAAACACUUUGGAACAAACUUCAGCAGUUGUAUGCUCCAAGAAAAACAGCACGAAAUGACAACAAGACGUUUCUCAUCAAGCAGUUGAUGACCUUGAGGUAUCAGGAAGCCACUCCACUGACAGCUCACCUUGAAAUAUUCCAAGGUAUAAUUAAUCAGCUAGCUGGGAAGGGUAUAAAGGUCGAUGAUGAGAUUCAGGGGUUAUGUUUACUUGCUACAUUUGCCAGACUCAUGGGAGACAUUUACAAUGUUGUUGUUAAGUUAUUCAGCGCCGAAUGGUGUAGUCAACAUGGAUUUGGCUAA